AUGCACCAUGGUAAAACAAUUGAUCUUGAUAGUGGUGCCGCCCGAAAACCAGAGAUUAUCACAUUUUACAAUUGCACAAAGGGUGGGGUUGAUGUAGUAGAUGAGAUGUGUGGCGCAUACUCAACAGCCAGGAAAACCAACAGAUGGCCCCUUUCAGCCUUUUUUCAUCUUCUGGAUGUGGUUGGGGUCAAUAGUUUUGGCAUAUCAUCGUACAAUGAAAAAGGGGAUCAGCGCUUGAUGAGAAGAACUUGGCUCAAAGAGUUAACCAAGGAACUUGUUUCUCCAUACAUGCGAUCUCGACUGCAAAUUGCAAAUCUUCCCAAGUUUAUCAGGACCAACAUUAUAGAAAUUCUCCAGGAAGGUGAACCUGCUGCUGCCGAAGAGUAG